GUGUACACUGCAGCGAGGGGUGAAAUUUUGCCAUAUUUUCAGUUUGGGGUGAAUUCCUGGUCACACGAGCCGCGUUGCCAAAUUUUAUCCAUCUCGCCAAUUUGUGAGUCUAUCCGUCACGAAUCAAGCACCGAACACUUUGCACACCUCGAUAUUGGGGGGAUUUUGGGAAAUUUUCCACUUGGAUGUGGAAAUCAGAGAGACUUUCUGUGGUGGAAAUCGUCCAAUGUGGUGAUUGGUGAAAAGGGCGAAGGGGAAGGCUAAGAACUCGGCAGAGUGCUGCAAAAUAAUUUUUAUUUAUUACUAUUUCUUGAAUAUGCAUUACAAUAUUUGCUUUUGAGAUGAUUGAAUUGUGAAAUUAUGAUUUAAACAAGUCAGGAAUUUUCAAAAUUCUUCGACUCAUUUCUAUAAUAAAUCAUUAAUUGCACUGCUGCCCAACCCUUUAACGCUCUUUUUCGAGCUUGAAUCUCUGAAAUCCACGAGUGAGCUUCCAAAAUGCGCAUAACAUAGUCACAUGGUCGAUGUGGGUGUGAGGAAGAAAGGAGCGUCGCGACGCUGGUAUGAUUGUGAAUGUUGUGAAUAUAUGGUGAAAUAUUUACCGACGGUGCGCGCCUGCGUCGAUAUUGUCAUGAUUUCAUUUACCAACUUCACCACACAUGCAGAAAUAUUUCCACAACAGGUCCGUCUCUCAUUUGUACACUGGGAGGCAUUAGAGCCUGGCAUCCUGCCCACUGAGAGCUUCUCAAGGCGACACGAAAACAGGAAUGGGAGUUUUCUUCAUUAAGGAAAACAGUAUGAACCACCCAACAUCCUGGUGAUUUUUUCUCCUCCAGUAGCUAGAAAAGAAAGAAAUUGUCUGGCCCUGAAGCGUCUCUUCCACGUCAAAUUGGCCCAAUUGUGUUAUUCGCCUCGUGCAUUCAGAAAAGGUUCCUACUUUUGCACCGAAAGCUUUCUAAAUUUGCAUGCUGGAACUUUAUAAAUUCAUUAGAAACAUCUAGUCCUUUCACUCCUUGUUCUGGUCACUAUUUCUAAAUAAGCGACUAUAUAUUUGUAGAUCUUGCAGACUAAAUGACGCCGGUAAUUAUAUAGAUUUUUCUGUUCUCUGAAAGAUAUCCUUUCAGCACGCAGACAAGCCAGCUGCUAAACUCACUAUAGGUGAAGUAUAUGUGAAGAGUUAAGCUGUGUACAUUUGCUUUUCGAAAACAUUAAUUUGCAAGGCUAAUUUAAACUCUUGAAAAUAUACAAAAAUUAUAGAGCCAAUUCAAGUGGCAUCACUACAACAUUUUCCAAGUUUACCAUUCUUAAAAUUCUAAGCAGGACUCAAGCACUGUGCAAAUCCCUUUUGCUUUGCACUGUAAAUCCCGAGAGAAAGCCAGUGGGCAGUGUGUGGGCCUCGCAAUAGGAAAAAAAAAUCAGCGUCAUGAAAGAGUUUGAAUUUGAAGGUCAGAGUAAUUUUGUGAAAUUAAGAAAAAUCAAUGCAUUUGCAGCGCUCUACUUUGGCCACUGUCGGCUCUCGCUCGCAAUCACAAUCACACGGUGGUAUUUCCUCAUGAACACAUUCAUUCAAUUACAUACAUGGGUCAUGCCACAGAAGUUAUGCAUGUACAGAAUCCUCAAUGACUAAUUGUGCAGAGGAAGUUUUCCACCUGAAAAUGAAUAUUUAAUUGGCAAUGCAGGUGAAAAAGUGCCCCGAUGUCUCGCCGCCGGCUGGGCCACGAGUACCGGCGAGUGCCUCGCGAGGAGGACACUUCGCGAGAUGCUGUCGAUGGCUUCACGGAGGCGCAAUUUGUAAUGCCACCACCGAAAAUUCCCUGGAAAGCCAUAAUUUUCUCCACUUUCCUGUGCAUUACCGGAGCGAUAUCCCUGGCCUUUGGUUUCCUGAUCGCCAUCGGGCAGAUUCACGAAAAGUACCUCGACCGUCAGCUACCGCUCUUCAUUCUCGGGUCGAUCAUGUUCAUUCCCGGCUCUUAUCACGUAGUUGUGGCGUUCAGAGCGUUUAGGAAUCAUCCAGGCUAUUCCUUCGAGGAUAUCCCCGACUUUGACUGAUAGCCAUCAUUUCAGAUUUUUCGACAACAAAGUAUUUUUGAAAUAAAAUAUAAAAUUUUA